AUGAGAGCUCGAGACUCAGCGGGCUAUGAAGAGGCGCUGCACGCAAAGAUGAAUAUUAUCGAAUCAAACGAGAUAUUUCGUAUAAUACAUCUUGUAUUCGUCUACACCAUUGGUCCCUUAUCUCUAACUCUCAAUGCUUUGCUGCUUUAUAUGAUUUUCACAAAAACACCGGUGAAAUUUAAUGAGUUCGCGUUUCUGAAGGCAAAUAUUGCCGUUAUGGCCAUCGUUCGCGCGCUGAUAACGAUGCUGUUACAGAGCAGGGCUAUAUCGCUUCCGGAUUUUCUUGCGGAAGCAUUUGGCCCGGUGAGAUAUAUUGGUACUCCGUCGACAGCGAGCCAAAUCUCUCACAUCCUGUUCUGGCUGAAUAUGUCCUUAUCGACUCUAACAUUAAUUAAUAUAACUAUUAUGUUUGGUGUCCAGCACUGGGCUCUCACCAGUACCACCCCCAUUCACGAACUGAAGUUUAUUCGAAUUUUUCUCAUCUCUACAUACAUCUUUGCUUUUUCACAAGCAGUAUGUUUAUUUAUUUUGCUAGCAUAA